AUGCAAGCUACCAUCAAUCAUUCAGAGGAUGUCGAUUUCGAUUUUGAUAAUCAGAUUGACUAUCCAGACGACGCUGACGUGGGGCAGACCGAUUCCGAUUCAUCACCUGUACCUCAACACGAUGUGGAUGAUAUAAAAGUGGAAUACCACCCCAGUAGUGGUCGCCCUACCCAAGUGUACCAUUUCGAGGACUAUGGUCAUGGUGCCAGUGCCCCAACAGCUGUUCCGAAAGCAGAUCCUGAGCCCUGGAAGCCAUUUUGCACUCGUAUCAACUUUGAGGUUGCGGAACUUGCCCACGAAGCUGCACUCUCUUACGAGCAGCUGGACCAGCUCAUUGAACUUGUUCAUCGCAGUAGGUUCGAAUUGUUUACCCUCUGGAAUCACAAAGAUUUUACAAAGGAGGAAGUCGUCGUGCCCUUCCAAGGGAUCGAUAAGACAUUCCCAUUAUUUCAUCGCUCACUGUGGGACUGGGCUACAGAUCUACUUCAAGAUCCACAAGUAGGUCCGCAUUUCGUCUUCAAUCCCCAAAGGCUUUCGAAGUUUGACAGCAAGAAGUUCGUUUGGUUCAUUCAUGAGCUGUGGACCACGAAUAAUUUCUGGGAAUAUCAAUUGAAAAUCCCACCAGACGCAAAACCUCUUGCAUUUAUUUUGUAUGCCGACAAGGCCAAAUUAUCGUUGUUUGGUCGUGCAAAAGGUUAUCCUGUAGUUGCUCACUGUGCUAAUCUUCCUAUUGUGGUUUGGAAUGGAGAAGGCUUGGGUGGGGGGCGUGUUGUUGGUUGGCUACCUAUUGUAAAGGAAGAUAAGAAGCAUUCCGGAAAGCCUGCUUUUGUCAACUUCAAGAAUGCGGUAUGGCACGCAGUGUUUCUGAUGAUUCUUGCCUGUCUUGCACCACUAUCAAAGUUCGGUUCUGCCAUUAAAUGCUGGGACAAUGUUAUUCGUGUUUUCUAUCCAAUUGUGCUCAUACUCUCUGCAGACUACAAAGAACAGGCUGUAAUGGCAUUGAUUCGUGGUUUGAUGGGCAAAUUUCCUUGCCCUAUCUGUCUAGUGCCUCACAACGAGCUUUCUAAUACACUUAAUGUGUAUCCUCUCCGCACAUCCGUAGAUACCAAGGCAUUAUGUGCUCGAGCCCAAGAGUCUACUACAUUGCAGGCAAGGGAGCAGAUCUUGAGUUCCCAGAGCCUUCGUAAUGUUGAUAGCUCAUUUGAUGUCCUCGAGCACACCGAUGUUCACAGGGCUCUAUCUCAUGAUAAACUCCACUUCAACAACGAGGGAUUGUUCAGUGAUCACACAUGGGCCAAACUGCAGAAAUGGGCUGCUGUGCAGAUUGACAGCUUCUUUCAAUCAGUUAUAUCAGUAUCAUUUUCUGAUGGAACAAAAUAUGAAGACAUAUCAAAGCUUAUCGUCUUUGCAGCACAUAAUGUGUUUGACUGUGAUAUGGAUCCAGAGGCAUAUCUCCUGCUCUGUUGUAUCCGAAGCUAUGUAGGGUUUAAUAUCUAUGCUUCAUUAGAGGUCCAUACUGAAGACACCAUCAAAGAUGGCCAAGAAGCUUUGUCAAAGCUCACUGAAUUGUUGGAUAAAUACAUUGAAGAUACAGCAGAGAUUUGUGAGAAGUCCUGGAAUUUUCCUAAGAAACAUCUUUCUGCCCAUCUCUUCAAUGAUAUUGAGGUGAAAGGUGUCUCCCAAAACUAUAGCACCAAGCCUAAUGAGAAAAUGCAUGGCCCAUUGAAAGACACUUAUCAAGAUCGCACAAAUUUCAAGAACUUUGCUGAACAGAUUCUCCAAUACAACCAUGACAGCCUGGUUGCAGAAUAUAUUUGUGGCAAGUUGGAUUACCUCAACACUUGGAAUCUCAGUGUAUCCAAUUCAGAAGAUCAACCUGAUACUGCACUGGAGGCCGAUGAACAUUUUAGUCUUGGUUCAAAGCAGGCAGCAAUGUCAUUCAUAGACAUCGAGGCAGGUAGUGCGGGUAACCCAGCAUUUGGCAGAUUUUGGAUCAAGCUAAACAGCUUUCUGAACCAUUCAUUUGCCGCCAACAAGAUACCAUUUCCAGAUGGACGACAGAUCCAACUGACUGCCAGUGAGAUGAAUAUUGAUUCCUUAAAGUCAAUUUUGAGUCGGGAUGUUCAGUAUCCUAUCAUGCUCGUUCUUCCAUAUGACCAACCGGACAAAGACUUUCAGUUUUGGCGGGUUAAGACAAAGCCUAGGGCUUCCACAGAGUUUUUUUCAGUUCACUCAAUUAUUCAGGGUUGUAUGAUAGUAGAGGAUGCCAGCAGACCUGACGAGUCUUUGGUUGUUGACACGGAUAUGUUCCUUCGAAUGCAGGACAUCCGCAGCCAGUGGUUGGAUUCUUACUUCCUCCCUUAUCUCUGA